AUGGAGGAUCGCAGCGGGCAAGUGCUGGCCGUGGCGGUCCUCUUCUUCAUAUUAUGUUGGAUCGCCGUCGGCCUGCGCAUAUACUGCCGGGGUUGGGUUACACGCUCUCUCGGCACAGAUGACAAGAUGAUGAUUGCUCUCAUGCUCAUCUUCACCAUCUACCUCAUCACGCAAAUUCAAGGAGUUCGAUACGGAACCGGCCGACAUAGAACUGAUCUCACCCCGGAACAUAAUCGAGAGGCCCUCAUGGUAUGGCCCAUUUGGAAGCCCUCGAGUUGA